AUGUUGCCCAAGGAGGAGACCGUGCUCUCGGCCGGAGCAGCACUCACUCAGGACUUUAAACCCCUGAAGAACGUGUGCGCCCAUCUGAAUGCCUUUCACGCGUAUGCCAAUGACCCGAGACGAGCCGUAGAGGCGAACCACUACUGCGGGCAUCUGAGUGACGACGUCCGCCAAUGCAUCAUCUACGACUCGCCCGAAGCAAACGCCCGCAUCAUCGGCAUCGAAUACAUGAUCACCCCCGAAAAGUACGAAACGCUCCCCGCCUCGGAGCGCCGCCUAUGGCACUCGCACGUGUACGAGGUGAAAUCCGGGAUGCUGGUGAUGCCGAACCGGCUCGUGCCGCAGGGGCCCUGGGAGCUGGCCGAGAAGCGCGAGAUGGGGAAGGUGGUGACGCUGUACGGCAAGACGUACCACCUGUGGCAGACGGACAGGGGCGACGAGCUGCCGCUGGGGGAGCCGCAGCUGAUGACGAGCUACACGGCGGACGGGCAGCUGGACUGGAGGCUGGUGGAGGAGCGGGAUGGGCGGUUCGGGGUGAGUUCGCGGGAGAAGGCCAUGGGGAGGAGGGAUAUCGAGGAGCCGGAGGUUCAUCAGGAUGCUGAUUAUGCUUGGAAGAAGGGGGGACAGUGA